UUAUAAUUAAAAAUGUUCCUGUACCAGCAACCAUAUUUGAAUGCAUUACAAACUAUUUGUCCUCAUGUGUUGCGUUACCUUGCCACUGCUGUUGUUAUUAAUAAGAAUAGUAGGAGAGCAGCCAUGAAGGACUUAGUGAGGGUGAUUCAGCAGGAAAGCUACACAUACAAGGAUCCCAUCACAGAGUUCUUAGCUCAUUUGUAUGUAGACUUUGACUUUGAUGCUGCACAAGAGAAAUUGCAGCAGUGUGCUGCUGUAUUAGAGAAUGACUUCUUCUUGGUGGCCUGCCAGACUGACUUCAUUGAGAAUGCAAGGCUCAUGAUCUUUGAACUUUUCUGCAGAAUCCAUCAGUGCAUCAGUAUUAACAUGUUAGCAGAGAAGUUGAACAUGUCCCCCAAGGAUGCUGAGCGCUGGAUUGUCAAUCUGAUCCGUCAGGCUAAGCUGGAUGCCAAGAUAGAUUCCCAGCAAGGCCACGUUGUGAUGGGAACACAGGCUGUCUCCCCAUACCAACAGUUGAUUGAAAAGACAAAGACCUUAAGUUUCCGUACUCAGAUGUUGGCAAUCAAUGUUGAAAAGAAGGCUACUGCCAGAUACAGUGAGGGACCGAGCUGGGCUAUGGCAAGCUAAUCUGGUUGGAGGACCUUCCAGGAAUACCAUAUAUGAGGUGGUAUCAGAAAAAAAAGCAAAAAAAUCUUCAAACUUGAUCUAAUGCAGAAAAAAGGGAUAUUUUGUAUUACAAAAAAUCUCAUGAGAGUUUUAGAAUAAAAGUAAUUAACUUCAAAA